UGGAUGAAUAAUUUAUCGGAAGAUUGAGGUUAUAUUUUCCAAUACUAAAAUCAUCCAUAUUAUUUAUUAAUUUUUAUCACAAUGUUAUUAUUAAAGUGACAGUUAACAAGAAUGGCAAUGCUUUAAAAUUAUAUAAUUUUUAAAUCUGGUUUUUCAACUUAGAAAUAUUAAAUAUAACUUACGGUAGCCCUUCGAGUUGUUAUAAAUGUAAAAUGUUAUUCUCCGGCUUUUCUGCAACCUAUAAAUUUGCAAAAUACUCUUCAGUAAGAAUUCUCUUCUGCAAUAUUAUAUUUAUGAGAAACUGUAUCGGUGUAUCAACAAGAUUUAAAUGUACAAAGGUUGUUUCAAAUUCAAUUACAAAGAAGAAAACAACUGAUGAAGCACCCUGGAGAAUAAUAUUUUUUGGCUCCGAUGACUUCUCACUUGCAAGUUUGAAACCUCUGACAGCCAAAUUGCGUACAGGAACUCUAUUGAGUGAAUUGGGAGUGGUGAGUUCACCAGGUACAAUUGUACAUAAAUUUGCUACUGACGAAAACUUACCAAUCCAUGAAUGGCCACCUGCCACUUCUAUUUUGCAAAACUACGAUCUUGGAAUGGUUGUAGCGUAUGGAAAACUAAUACCAGCAGAAAUGAUAAACUCUCUGCCUCUAGGUAUUUUGAACGUACAUGGAAGUCUGUUACCGCGUUGGAGAGGCGCAGCCCCCGUUGAGCAUGCUAUCAUGAACGGAGAUACUGAGACUGGGGUCACGAUAUUCAGAAUCAAACCAGAAAAGUUUGAUAUAGGAGAUAUAGUGAGACAAUACCGUUGUUCGAUUGCUCCAAAUGAAACAGCCGUUGAAGUGAGGACAAGGCUGGCCACAUUUGGAGCCAAACUGCUGUUGGAGUGUGUCAGAGAUUUGCCUCGUUGCGUGACUAUGGCUACAUCUCAGCCUAGCGAGGGUGUGUCCUACGCACCCAAACUAACCCCCAGCUACGCCCAGUUGACGUGGAACAACCAAACGGCGCAACAGGUCUACAACAGACACCGGGCGCUGGCCCACAUUCACCCCCUGACCACCUGGUGGUACGGCCGUCCCGUCCGGCUGCAGAACAUCUCACUCGCUCCGGUCUCCCAGCAAACCACCUUCAAACCGCAAAACUCCACAGCAUCCUCCUGCAAAUCGGCGCUCGAUUUCCUCAACGACAUUCAACCGGUCAACAGAGCGAACAGCGACAGCAACUCGAGGCCAGGUCGUAUCAAGUACAGUCACAAAAGUAAAGUGUUGACAAUCGAGUGUGCCGAUGGCGCUAGUGUUAUUUGUGACAAUCUACGAGUUUUACAAAAAAAGAUGUCCGCCACGGAUUUUUAUAACGGUUUCCUGUCGAAAGUCAGCGAGGCCGAUUGGGUUUUCGGUGUACAGAGUAGGGAAGUAGGUUGAGUAUCACCUCAGUUAUUUAUUGUAGAUUUGAAUGCAAGUUGUAAAGACCCUGCCAUUUGGUUGAUUCAUUACAAUGGGUCGAUUGAAUAAAACUAUAAUCUAGUGAGUAGCAACCAGUCAUUGGUUGUAGCUAUAAAAGUAAGAUUGAAGAGCUUUCAAAUCCUAGCAUUAGCUUAAAAAUUAGAACUAGCAAUUGCUAGCUAUAAUUCAAUUGACCUACUAAAAGCUAGCAAUUUCUAGCUCUAAGUAAUUUUCAAACAAAUGCUCGCAUUUGAGUCAGCUGUAUAAUUUUAUUUUUAUAGCUGUAACUCUUUACUAGUUGCUAGUCAGUAGAUUCUAGUUUUUAUCCAAUCGACCCAUUGUGAACACUUUCAUCAUAAGAAUUUAUGUUAUUCAAGGUGAUGGUUUCUUGAUCCAUUGCGAGCUGCGAUGUAUUAACAUUCUUUUUUGAUGUAUUUUACACGACGUGUAGUCAAUUAUUUCAAGUAAAUAAGCAAAUUUGUUUACUUACUGACUGGAGUACUUUUGAACGGCAGUCUGUUGAAAAUGAACGCUUGCCGUUCGAAAGUACUCCAGUCAUUAGGUAAACAAAUUUGCAUAUUUACUUGAAAUAAUUGACUACACGUCGUAUGAGAUACAUAAAAAAAGAGUGUUUAUUCAAGAUGUUGCACAAUGUGAACACAGCAUAGAUAAAUUCUCUUUUAUUCAGUUUUGGCUAGAUUCUUGUCACCGUUUCACCAUCUUCGGGCUAGUGGUCAGAGUUGUAUCUAGUCGCUCAAAUGAGAUUAGUGACGUGCUCUCGGUCCUCCCGUUGAGAGGGUGACUGCUUGAAUCCAGCUCCAGUAACAGUUAGGAGCUUCAAAAUCACUCUCACUAUUAUUGACUGUAGUCAGAUCAUUAACGAGUAAUGAUCCAUACUGUAAUAUUAUCAAUAACUUAUUAUUGUCGCAAAUAUUUGUAAAUAUUGCUACAUGAUAGGAAUGUUACCACAAUAAAAAAGUUGACAAAUGAA